UGAUUCACACUUGGAUACUUUAUUUAUAAGUCAUCCAUAUUGAAAUAUUCAUGCAAAAUACAUCAAAACAUCGACAUUGAUACUAUUUUAAUGAUAGCAACUUUAUCACCAUCAUCCUAACAUCAUUCCAAUUUUCGCCAAUAUAGUCAAUAAGGUGUUGAUUGCCAAUACAACAUUCUUCUGAUUUAGUUUUGUUUACGAUCAAAUCAAUCAUGAUGAAAUUCCUAUCGACCAGUUUAUUAUUACUAUCGUCAUGUUUUUUGGCGAUGACAUUGGCCCAACGUAGCCAAGGCAAUGGCCCAAAUCAAUUACAGGCCGGACAAGAUUAUAUUGAUAUACCUGUGCGUGCUGGUUAUAGAAUUAUGGGUGAUGAUAGUGAAGGUUACCUAGAAGAUGGCAUCAUUGUUAAAACUAAAGGAACUGGAUACAUUGCACCAAGAUAUCGUCAAAAAUAUUAUCCAUCUGUUUAUAGUGAUGUUGUUGAUAGCAAAAAUGAUCGUUAUGGCGAAUCACCACUGCAACAAUCCACCCCAAUCAGACAACGAAGAUUCGAUCAUCAUUAUCAUCAUCAUUAUAAUCACAAACAAUUCGAACCAUCCGUAUCCGCAUCGGCAUAUGCUCCACGUUAUUAUCGCCAAUCAGCAUCAUCAUUACCGAAAAAAUAUCUUAAAUCUGAAAUUAUUUAUGGCCGUCGUGAAUGGUGAUCUCAACAACUAAACAA